AACCACGUUGUGUCCACACUGUCGCUUGUUUGAUGACGCUAUUGCGUACGCACAACGUAACAUUUACGAAAAGGUACACAGCAGCAGGAGGUUACGGGGUUUUUCGUAAUAUUAGAGUCAACAAGCUACGUUUUUCAAUACGCAUUCCCUUUUAUUUUGAGCUUGGGAAUCGACCGCUUAGGAUCAAGAUGUCGUACAUGCUACCACAUCUCCACAAUGGCUGGCAGGUCGACCAAGCCAUCCUGUCUGAGGAGGACCGAGUCCUCGUGAUCCGCUUUGGACACGACUGGGACCCAACGUGCAUGAAGAUGGACGAAGUUCUUUACAGCAUCGCUGAAAAGGUGAAGAACUUUGCAGUCAUUUAUCUGGUGGACAUCACAGAAGUGCCCGACUUCAACAAGAUGUACGAAUUGUACGACCCCUGCACCGUCAUGUUCUUUUUCAGGAACAAACACAUCAUGAUAGAUUUGGGCACCGGCAACAACAACAAGAUUAACUGGACAAUGGAGGACAAGCAGGAGAUGAUUGACAUUGUGGAAACAGUGUACAGGGGAGCACGAAAAGGAAGAGGUCUGGUGGUGUCUCCAAAGGAUUACUCUACAAAGUACAGAUAUUAAUCCUUUUUUUUCUCCAACGUUUUUGAGGAGUUUGUUUUUUAUCUCCUUACAUUUUGUGACGCGACACAGAGACUACAAGUUACAGAAGGAAGAUCUUUUUUAACAUUUUUGUUUUUGCCAGUGUGUUGAUUUAUGCCAUUUGUGUUUUUUGAGUGUUAUUCAAUUUCUUCAACAACAACACAACGUCUUCAUAUGUUGUAAUAAACAUGGAUGGAUAUUUACAUACAUCAUUUGUU